GUCGAGAGUGGCCUCUUCAGCUCCAUCUCGUCCGCCGCCGCCUCCACGUUCGACUCCGUCAUGUCCAGCGAGGUCGCCUCGUCCGUGCAGAGUGGGAUCGGCGAGUCCUUCGCCACGUUCCUGGAGACCUGGGACGUGACCAUCAUCGUCUGCGUCCUGGCCUUCGUGAUGGGCUUGGUCUUCUUGGUGCUGCUCCGCUUCUUCAUCAAGCCUGUGGUUUGGAUCGCGGUCUUCAGCGUCUUCGCGCUCUUUAUGGCCCUUGGCGUGCUAGCGUACCUCUACUCGUACCAGUGCAUGGAUGAUGCUCUGGACAGUUCAGCGCUUGUCUCAGCCACUUCGUCGGAUACAGUGGAGUGCCUUGAUUACAAGGUCUCCUCGGAGGAUGGGCGGACGGCGCUCCUGUACUGCGCCUACAUUUGCUGGGUGCUUGCUGGCGUCUACGCCGGGAUCAUGGUCUGCCUCUUCAAGAGGAUACGACUAGCAGUGGCCAUCAACUCCGUGGCGGCGCAGUUUGUGGUCCACACGCCCCACGUCGUCCUGGUGCCGGUCAUACAGGGCUUAUCCGCAUGGGGGUCGGCGCAUCUGGACCGUCAUCUGGAUCCUCAUGUGCACGUACCUGCUGUCACAGGUGCCAGACGACUACGUCGACACCACCACGGCUUUUGA